AUGCGCCUGUCGCUAUGGGGACUAGCUUUCAUCGUCGCCAGUGUCGGAUCGGCAACGGAGCGGCAUCACCACUCACACUCUCGCCCUCGCGGUCUUCCGCCUGAGCGACUGGCGCCAUCGCCCAUCCCCCGUCACCGACCACGCCAGGGAUCCGGCGCUUCAUUGGAUGUUGAGACCUCGGCGACUGGUUCAGUCGAGCCUUCAACGUCCACCGAGAAGGGCAUCAUCACAUUCUCGCCAUCAUCAUCGGCUUCAGGUGAUGGCGGCUCUCCAGACUCUGGGUCAGCAGUAGUCAGCUCGUCGGCGCCGACCUCGUCAUCAACGGCGACGCGUGCAGACAUUCCUCCUCCACAACCACCAACCCCUAUUCCGACCUCGGCACCCCAGCCAGUUCCAACCCCCCUGGACGCACUCUCUUACUCCUUGUCCCAAUCGUGCCUUCAAUAUGUCGGCACUUUGAUCGCCCCGUCAUCCAAGUUCAUGACGUGCCUUCCUUUCUCUCUUCUCUUGUCCACUUCGUCGGCGUACAAGAAUCAAGUGUCGGCCGCUACACGGUCCGGCAACUGGACCUUUCUCAACGAGCUCAUCGCCUAUACCAAUUCGCCCCAGCCAUCACCUGCUAGCUGUGACCAAACAUUCAAAUCGAUCCUGACCGCGUUUGCCGACAAGGCAAACUGCGGCGGUGAUCUAGGCGGUGGUCUGGCUGUGGCCAAGCAGGCUCAGAGCGGAAUCGGCAACUACGCCGUGAUGCGUACGGCGUCGGGUCUCGUCAAUCCAAACACUGGUGUCUACUGUUACCUCGAAGCUCUGGCCAACGUGAAGCCAGACGACAUGUACCUCUGGAUGCUGCCUUCAGGAAAUAUAAUCCCGACUACUUCCACUCCUACUUGUUCUCCCUGUUCUGGCCUCCUCAUGAAUCACUUUGCCGCCUGGACCGCCAACACCACCUCCUUGAACAGCACCAUCGUCGCCUCGGCCGUCGCCACCAUCAACGGUAAAUGCGGCUCCUCAUUCAUUUCAACAACCCCAGUCGUCUCGUCCGCCCAUUCCCGGAGUCGUCAUGAUGGACUCUGUCUCGCAUUCCUGUCAUUGCUCAUUGGGGCUCUCUUGCAUUUUUAG